CAGAUGCACAGAUCGCAGCUGGACACGGGGUGAGAAAGAGAGAGAGUGAACGAGAGAGAGAGAGAGGGAGGUACCCGCGAUGCCCGUGUGCGGGCGCAGGACGCUCCCAAGCGAGGACCCCGAAAGUCCGAGCGGAAUUCGGAGGACGGAGGAAUUCCGAGCGGACCAGCCCCUGCCCGGCCUUCUCAACCUGUGUCUGGCACUACAGCAGGUUCUGGUCCAGUCGUCCUUGCUGGUUCUGGUCCUGGCGUUCCUGCAGCAGCAGAUGUGGUUUCUGGAGGGGCAGAGGGACCAUCUCCUGUCCUCCGCCUUCUUCUACUCCAGCCUGUCCACCCUGCUGCAGAGCUGGCUGGGGACACGCCUGCCGCUGAUCCAGGCUCCGUCCCUGGAGUUCAUGGUUCCUGCCCUCGUCCUUACCUCCCAGCAACGCCAUGGCAACGCAGGGACUGCAUCAGCAUGCAGGGGGCACUGUGGAGAGAAAGACAAGUCCAUAGCCCCCAUUGACCUCCAGAGGGAGCUGCAGGGCAUGGUGCUGUGUGCUGGCCUGGUGCAGCUGGCUCUGGGCCUGAGCGGACUCAGUGGGCUGGUGCUCACGCACUGCGGGCCCCUGGUGCUGGCCCCCCUGCUGUGUGUGCUGGGCUUCUCCAUCUACAGGGAGGCAGCGCUGCUCUGCUCCGACCACUGGGGUAUCACUGCACUGGCCGUCGUGCUCAUGGUGCUGUUGUCUCAGCACCUGGGCUCCUGGUUCCUUUCCGCCCCCCUGGGAGGGUCCAGGUACCCGGUCUGCAGGAUGGUCUCGGUGCUGCUGUCUCUGCUGAGCGCGUGGGGCGUGUGCGCCGCUCUCCAACACCUGGGACACUUCCGCCCGCGUCAGCUGUCCGAGCUGCUGCCCACAUCGUGGUCUCCCAACCCCUCCCACUCUUCUCCCUGGCCCGGCCAAAACUCCUCCCACAGCACUCCCUGGCUCCACCCAAACUCCUCCUACAUUGCUUCCUGGCCUAGCCCAAACUCCUCCCAUAUUAGUCCCUGGCCAAGCCCAAACUCCUCCCACAGCCUGACCAGCACCGUUCAGAAUGACUUGCACCACGCUCCCUGGCUAAGUCUUCCUCUGACAGCAGGGGUAGGGCUCCCCCUGCUGUCAGCUCGGGGCAUGGCAGCAGGAGUGGCCGCCGCCCUGGCUGCGUCCAUCAGCUCUCAGAGCGUCUACCUGCUGACGGCCAGGCUCCUGGGGGCCCCGCCCCCGCCGGCGGCAGCCUGCAACCGGGGGCUGUGCGUGGAGGCGCUGGGGAGCGUGAGCGCCGCCCUGCUGGGCGCAGUGGUGGGGGUCAGCAGCAGCGUGCCCAACGCCUGCGCUCUGGGACUCAGUCAGUGUGGGUCCCGGAGCACAGUGCAGCUGGCUGCCAUUUUGGGGCUGAUCUUGGGCGUCUCCCCCCGUCUGACGCACAUGCUGACCUCUGUACCCCUGGGCAUCCAUGGGGCCGUUCUCAGUGUGACCUACACCGUUGCCAUAGCGACGGGCGUGACCUACUUCCAGUACACGCACAUGGACUCCGGGCGAAACAUUUUCAACAUCGGCUUUGCCGUGUUCAUGUCCCUGCUGCUCCCCCGCUGGUUCUCCCUCCAGCCCACCUUCAUCUUCACAGGUGUGUCCAGCCUUGAUGUGCUCCUCCAGUCUUUGCUGACCUUACCGGUGUUCCUGGUGGGACUCCUGGCCUUUCUCCUGGACAACACCGUGUCAGGGUCCGCGUCAGAGAGGGGUCUCAACUCCGGCGUGAUGGUGAAAGGGUCGCGGCCGGAGGCCGGCAGGGCUCCCGAAUAUUCCCGGCGGGCGGCGGCGGCGUACGACCUCCCGUCUCCGGUGAAGAGGCUUCUGGAGCUGCCGGGCCUCAGGACCAUCCCCUUCUGUGCCUGCAGGACCCCCGGGGGGGAGGAGGACGACGCCCUGUCGCCGCAGGAGACCGCCGACCUCAUGGCGGGCAGGGCGGAGCCCGGAGGAACAGCCCCAGAGGGCACAGGGGGCACAGGGGGCACAGGGGGCACAGGGGGACAGGACUGAAGACUGAGCACAGCCACAGCUCACAGUCAGACUGGGGCUUUCACCAGACACAGGUUAAACUCCAGCUGUCAGCACCAUGUGACAGGGUGAUGAUGACCACUGCAUCAUAAACAGCAACUCUGGUCUUAGUGCUGAUGUCAUGAAGCUCAAAAACCCCUAUUUCUGAGUCUGGCAAAGACUGCAUAGGCACAGAGAAGCUGAUACAGGGUGGCAUCACUGAUGAUGGUGUUGUUGCUGAGAUCUAGAGGUCUAGACUACCUACACAUGUAAAACAGGAGAUGGUUUCUAGGACUCGGGCUUGUUCAACAGCUUGAGGACACACACACACACACACACAGACGCACCCAGACAUAUACAUACCCACCCACACACACACAC